AUGUCGAUGCGCGCAUGGUUGCUGAAAAGGAUGAGGAGGAAUCACUCGGAUCCAUGUCUGUAUCUAUUUCCGUUUUCCAUCCAUUCCAUCAUCGUUCGGUUUACAAUCGCGCUUGCGGUGCGGCGUACGCGAAGGUUCCGGGGGUCCGGCGACUUGACCAAGUUGACCUAUCGCCUGGUUAACCUGCGUCGUAAUGAGAACUUGGAAGAGAAUUUUCUUUUGGAAAUCAAUCCAAGAGGCCAGGUACCUGUUUUGACUUGCAAGUCCCUCGCGUCACCACUCACGGAUUGUCUGUCAAUCUGCCACUGGGUGUGUGAGCAAAAUCCAGUUCUACUUCCAGCAUCGCGACAGGCCACAAUCUGUCGUUUGCUAUCUCAACUACACGAGACAUUGGCAAAUAAUAAUCCCAACCCGGCUGUGGACGACCUCCUGGCGCGCAAUGAUAUCACCCCUGCUCGCCGUUAUGCGUUGGAGUAUAAGCGGGAUUGCCAGAGGAAGGAACGGGAGAGAGAGUCGACGCAAAACCACAACGGCAUGACAGCACAUACUAAGGCAUUUCUGUCUGAGGUUGCUAAACAACAUCACGAAUUCAGUGACGGGGGCACCUGGAUCUUCGGAGAUGACACGGGUCCGACGGUGCUCGACGCCCAUGUCGUGGCUUUUAUCGCUCGCUUGAUCGAUAUCAACCUAGUCGAACUCGUCCCUCCGCAGUUACUCCCUUAUGUGGAAACCAUCAUGGCGUUACCGGAAUGGGAGGACGCAAUGAAAGGAAGACCGACCGUCUGGAGCGCCUCCCUAGGUCCAAUAGAGAAACUACAAAUAUGA